GCUCUUGAAUUACUUGAAGAACAGAAGGCAGCAGGUAAUUUUAGGUGGGGAAAAAGUAUUGCUAGAAAUUUUAAUCCAAUUACAAAAAUAGUAAGUGAUAUAGAAACUUAUAAAAGAAGAAGA